AUGUCCACGCCAAGCCAUCAACCUUUCAGCGACCGAUCACUCCAGCAAGCGCAAUCGAGCAACGACCAAUGGAACGGAGGUGCUGGAGCCGUGCGAACCCCGAAUGAGAAUGGCGGCGGUGGUGUGAACGAGCAAUCGCGACCCAGCUCGACGACGCAUGAUAGCAUACGCGAGGGCAAGCAGAGAGCUAAAGAAACCAUGGCUGCAGCAGGAGUCGGCCCUGAUGCGAGUGCUGGGCAGAGCGGCUCUGCGAACGGGACACCGCAGGCGAAUGGUGGCCCUCAGUUGAGCAGGAAAAGGUCGCGCGAUGGCACACAACUUCCCAUGAGCCAGGCUGGAAGCAGCCAGAGCGCGCCAUCAGAGGAGCAGAAGCUGCACGAUGAGGUUCUGCUAGACCGCUACGUCCAGCGCGAUCUCACGCAUGGCGUUGCGAUGAAUGAUCAGGCCUACCGGACGCGGCGCUUAUCGAAGUGGAAGGACUUGGAGAAGGAAUACUACGUAGGCGAGGUGCGACAAGUGCGGCAGCAAAGGCCAGGAGCAGUGUUUGGACCGGGAUACAUGGGCUACGGCAACCGCACGACCGAUGGACCGCCCAAGAUCGUAUACCAGGCGACGCGUCCACCGCCCAAAGGCCGAAGAGCGCGAGAAAUACGCAUACCACGGAAGGACAACGCGCAGCAGGCGGAACAACACGAAGAGUUGGUACCCAUCCGGCUGGAUCUCGAAUUGGACAAGCUGCGAUUACGAGAUACAUUCACCUGGAAUCUACACGAGAAGCUCAUCUCGCAGGACACGUUUACCGAGUAUCUUCUGGAAGACCUCAGAAUACCUCCCGAGGCGACACACGAGGUUGCGAGGCAGGUGAAGGCGGAGAUGCAGGACCAGAUCCACAACUUCUACCCGCAUAUGAUCGUCGAGGACGGACCGCUGGAACCGCAUCGACCGUAUGCCGAGCACAAGGAUGAUGAAAUGCGGAUACUGAUUAAGCUCAAUAUCACCAUUGGCCGGAUUACGCUGGUUGAUCAGUUUGAGUGGGACAUCAAUAACCCGCUGAAUUCUCCUGAGGAGUUCGCGCGAUCGAUGGCGUGGGAGAAUGCGCUCAGUGGAGAGUUCACCACAGCUAUUGCUCACUCAAUCCGCGAACAGAGCCAGCUCUACACGAAGAGCUUGUAUCUGACAAAUCACUGCUUCGAUGGUCGGCCGGUCGAAGAUCCAGAUCUCAGAGACAGCUUUUUGCCGGCACCAAUCUACAGCGCGUUCCGGCCACAUCAAGCGCAGAAGGACUGGUCGCCGUUCAUGUUUGAAAUGAGCGAGGCCGAGCUGGAACGGACAGAGACCUCGAUGAUGCGAGAGCACCGCGCGCAGAAACGGCAGCUGAACAGGAGAGGCGGCCCUGCUCUGCCCGAUCUUAAGGAGAGGCAGCGUACAGUGCGCUCACUCGUUGUGCAUUCUGUGAUUCCAGGCGCUGCGGAGUCGAUGGAGAUGACCGGCAUUACGAAGACGAGGCGUAGUGGCAGGGCUGGACGACGGGCUGGUGCGAGAGCAGAUGGCGAUGUUGAUUCAGAGGACAUGGACAGCGAGGAGUCUGGUGCUGACUCGCCUGCGCCUUCCGUGGUCAACACUGGUACCACUGCUCGUACGAGAGGCAUGCGUGGUGCAGCUUCAGCAGCACAGGCGGCUAUGCGAGCGAAUUACGGUCGCUCUGUCACGCCGGAUCCGCAGACGCUGGCAGUUCCUGAACCUCGCACUUCGGUGCGGAGGAGCAUGCUUCGGGACGAGGGUGUGAUCGGAGAUGAGACUUUGGUCGUGAAGCUACGCAUCGGCAAGGCCAGGCUCAAGUCAUGGUGGGAUGAAUACCGCGCGAAGAAGCGAGCAAGCGAGUAUCCGCUGUCUGGCUACGCUUCGCAACCACCUCCCCUCGCCACCCCAGCCAAAGGCGCUCUCGGCUCAUCAGCACUGACGCCAAAAUCCGUGCCUCCACCUAAAAGCACUCCUCAGCCCAACGGCGCACACGCUCGCAGCGCCUCCACCGCCCGGGGCACCAGCCAGCAACCCCCAGGCCUCCAGUACGACGACCAAGGCCGCACCGAAGCCACCCGCUGGCCCCACCCCGACGACGAACCCCCUCCACCCCCACCCUGGCUGCCCCCCGCCAUCACCACCCUCCGCCAAACCCACCCCGACUCCUCCUUCGAACCCAUCAUGCGCCCCUACCCCAUCUCAACCACCACCAACACGCUCGAGAAAGUCCCCGGGCUGGAAGUCGGGCAGCGCGCGCCGGAGGGGGUGAAGUUCCUCUGGGCGCCGAGGCUGAAGUGUAAUGAUUGUCCAGGGAAGUUGUAUACGGCGUUGCCCGGCAGGGUGGUGGAGGAUUUCGAGGUGCAUUUGAGAAAUCGGAUGCAUCGGGAGCAUGUGGAGGAGAGGGCGGGGUCCGGAAGGGGGAGGAGUGUGGGGAGGGGGAGUGCGGGGAGGUGA